AUGUCGAAAGUCGCGGAAAACUCUAAAGGCUAUCCCGGAAGAGAUAGCAGAGACAUCCUCGGAGCACUCGCCAGUGCUUUCAAGUCCCCCGCAGCUCACACCACCUCCCCCGCAGCUCCCACCACCGUCCUCACAGCGCCCGGCAAACUCGGCAGCUCACCGCCACCACCACCAGCCCCUGUCCGUAGAGCCGUGCUUGCAGUUCGUUCCACUGCUCCAGCAGCAACCGUCAGUGCUUCACAGAGAGCACCAAAGACAGCAACCCGACCCCCUCGCUGGCUACCAAUACAGAGUUCAGUUGCUGGCCCCUCCAGAGCAUUAGACACUCCUUCACCGGUAGAGCAGAGACGAAGCAGCAGAGCCCGUGCCCCAGAAACACCCCCGAGUGCUCAGGUAGCAUACAGGAGUGCUCCGGAAGCAUCUCCCACCGCUCAAGGUCAAUUCAGAAUGACUCAGGCGAAUAAAGCAAAAAUGACUUUAGGUUUGCUCAACCUACCUAAAGUGUACACUAACAUCCACAACAGCCUCAAAGCGCAGAUGCAGAACGUCGGUUGGGUUAAUAAAAGCGUUUCCGGGGCAGCAGCGUUCGAUGCUCUAUGCCUGUAUUUGAUGAACUUACGCUCCCUCCGCGCUUUCCUGCCUAUUUGGACAGGAGUCGAUUCCGAAGCCCGUAGAGCACUCGCGGACGCUUUGAAGUGGCUGAUUGGUGAUGUUGGACAGAAGGAAAAGCUAUCGAGAGGGCAGGGAAAUCGCGAGUACAGAGAAGCUGCCGGCGAUAAUGAUGAUGAUGACGACGGUGGACAGCCCGCCCAACGCUCUAGGAAGCGUAAACGGGAUCCAGUGUCCGCAGAUCUCGAUAGACCUUCCAUAAUGGUCACGGUGGUAGACCCCGAUGCUCUAGGAGCUUUCUUCAACGUUGUCCUGCCUCCUACCUAUGACUGGAACGAUCCACAAAAUGAGCCUUUGUUCAUUGGAAUUCUGACAAAGAUAACGUUUCCAGAGCUCUGCAAUUUGAUCCUGAAGCACACCGCACCCGGCAGAGCAAUCAGGAGUAUCUGGGGAGCACUGGAUAACGUUCCACCAGCAUCCAAUCCACCUGUUCGGCCAAUGGAGGUCCAAAUCAUUGAUUCGGAAGAGGUCGAAGGUUGGUUGAAGAAUAGCGUUGGCAGGCCUAGGAGAAUACUGGCGGUGCUCCACAGAGCAGGCGCGGGUGCUAAUUUGGGUGGCGCUGAAUCACCCCCGCUGAACCGGGCACUCCCUCAUAUCGAAGAAGACGAUUAUACCAUGAUCGAUAUUCCGGCAGAGGACUCUGAUUACGAGGAGGGAAGCCACCGCAUCAAUGCUAAAGGACUAAGGGUAUAUUUACCCAGAACUGAUGCCAGUAAUCAAAGGCUAAUCCAGACUCUUGUUAGACGUCGAGAUAGACAGCAGGUGUAA